UUAACCUCAACGAGCCACCGUAUUGCGUCACAUGUUGACUUCAGCAAUUUGACCAUGUGACUUUUUGUGGGUUCAGAUGCUAGCUUUUGAUGUUCCCGACAGUUUUAGAAAGUCAAAAUUUUAACUGAAACUGUAUUUUGCGUUUUGGACACUAGCUACAAGUAUUAUAUGGACUCCAUUCGAGUUUCCUGUCGUGUAUGACCUACAAUAAAGUUAUUCAUCGUUUGAAAUAAGCUACGACGCUACAGUGUGUUGACAUAUUAGCUAGCUAGCUAACCGGCUAGCUCAUUGGCCAGUUUAAGGGCAAAAUCAAAGAGCUACAGAUGCGGCUAAAGGAUCCCUUCUCCUUGAAAGCUGCCGACAUGACUAAGCGGACUAACAAGCCGAGGAAGCCUCGAGAUGAGGAGUCGUCGGACGAAGUUAGCGGGCUGACCUGCCAGCAUGUCAGCAAGGCGGUAGACCUGAACUCAGUCAAGAAGGCAGUGACCUCGAGCAUGUGGUCGAUGUGUUCAGAUUGCCUGAGGGAAAGGACUAUGAUAGAUGGAGAGCCAGCCAGUGGCCACGACAUCCUCGUAUGCCUCAAGUGCGGCUUCCAGGGCUGUAGCCAGUCAGAGAGCCAGCACUCCACCAAGCACCACCAAACCCUCCACCCUGAGUCCCAUUGCAUCACCAUCAGCCUCGGCACCUGGAAGGCCUGGUGUUUUGAAUGUAAUGAAGAGCUCUCCACUCACUGCAAUAAGAAGGCUUUGGCCCAGACCCUGGACUUCCUACAAAAGCACUCUGUCAAGGCAGCCUCAGGAACAACAUCGAAAAUGAUCAAGCUAAGAGAGGAGCCCAGCGACUAUGCAGACCAGUCAAGAGGGAAGAGUCCGGUCAACAACAGCACACUGGUCCCGGUCAAAGGCAUCAACAACCUCGGAAACACCUGCUUCUUUAACGCAGUUAUGCAGAAUCUGUCCCAGACUCACAUGCUGAACGAUCUGAUACAGGAUGUGAAGGAGAAGGGACACAAGCUGAAGAUCUGCCCCCCUGCCGAGUCAAAUGUGGGGGCGUUGAUGGUGACUCUGCCCAGCCCAGAGCCCCUGACCUCGGCCAUGUUCCUCUUCCUACACAGCAUGAAGGAGUCUGGGAAGGGCCCUGUCAACCCCAAGACCCUUUUCAACCAGCUCUGCCAGAAGGCUCCACGCUUUAAGGGCUACCAGCAGCAGGACAGCCAGGAGCUGCUCCAUUACCUACUGGACUCCAUGAGAGUAGAGGAGACUAAGCGGAUCAAAGCGGGCAUUCUGAAAUCCUUCAACAACCCCACAGAGAAGACUGCAGAUGAUGAGACCAAACGCCAAGUCAAAGCAUACGGGAAGGAGGGUGUGAAGAUGAACUUUGUGGAUCGCAUCUUUGUGGGGGAGUUGACCAACACCAUCAUGUGUGAGGAGUGUGAGCAUAUCUCCACAGUGAAGGAAGCCUUCAUUGACAUCUCCCUGCCGAUCAUUGAGGAGCGGAUGUCCAAGCCGUCCAACCCGGGCAGGACUGGGAAGAGCAGUCGGGAGCAAGAAGCUCACGUCUCCCACGGUGACGAGAUGCUUUCCGCAGCGCUCAAUAAGAACAGCAGGAAACUUAGCGGACAGCAGCAGCAGGGCCAUAAGUCCCCUGGCUCUGUGGAAGAGAAGGGGGCAGACAGCCCCUCGGAGGAGUCCCCCUCCGUAAUGGCCCGUGCUGCAGGAGUUUCCAAAAUGGCCGCCACCAGCAGCCUAUCUGAUGGCAGCGAGAAAGACUCGGGCCCUCAGGACAGCAGCAAUGACGCCGACAGCGAGGCCUCGGAGAGCGAGUGGACCCCCCGGCACUCCUCGGGCCACAUCCAUGGUGGCAGAGGGUCCACCCCUACCCAGUCUCCCACCCUGUCCGCCCUCUCCCCCAGGACCCAGCAUGGUGGUGCUGUGGAGCAGCUGGUCAGUGCAGUGCAUAAGAUUAACCUGGGACCUGAUUCAGUGGACUCACCCUCUACAUACUGUCCUGAGGACCAGGUGGAGCCCCAGCCUCAACAUCCUCAACAGUCUCCUCACUCCCACCACCAGGGGGCAUUCCAGGCCCUGUCCCACAGCUAUACGCCCUGCUCCAAGGAGUGCUCCGUUCAGUCCUGCCUUCACCAGUUCACCUCGGUGGAGCUUCUGAUGGGCAACAACAAGCUGUUGUGCGAGAGCUGCACGGACCGCCGGCAGAAACAACUGAGGAAGAGCACCUCAGCAGAGAAGAAGUCUGACAAGGUGUACACCAGCGCUCGCAAACAGAUACUGAUCUCUUCGCUGCCCCCGGUGGUCACUCUGCACCUCAAACGCUUCCAUCAGGCAGGGAUGAACCUACGAAAAGUCAACCGUCACGUCAACUUCCCUCUCAUCCUGGACCUGGCUCCGUUCUGCUCGGCAUCCUGCAAGAACCUGGUGGCGGGGGAGCGUGUGCUCUACAGCCUGUAUGGCAUCGUGGAACACAGCGGGUCGAUGCGCGGGGGCCACUACACAGCGUAUGUAAAGGUCCGCUCGCCCCAGAGGAGAACCGAGCAGCCACAGCGCAGAAACCUGGCAGGUCCAAGGGAAGCAAGCAGUGCUACUCAGGGUCAGUGGGUUUAUGUAAGUGACACCAAUGUCCAGACGGUACCAGAAUCCAGGGUCCUCAACUCUCAAGCCUACCUGCUGUUCUACGAGGAGAUGCUGUGACUGCCAGAUCACGGAGCUACUCAACAAUCGUUGGUCUCUCAGGAGACCGGGGAAGAGGGGGAGAAAAAAAGAGAGACCUGCUUUGGGUACACCGCUCUCUAAACUUUGACUCCCAAGAGCAUGAAACAUGGCAAGCACUACAUGAUGGGAUUUGUAGGCCAUCAGGGACAUGCAUUACAUUGAUGUAUACUGGACUGCUCAGCAUUCAAGGGUUACCACACUCUUCGUGUCUCGGUCCACUUACUGAACGUCCCCAUACAGUUGCUCAUACCUCUGUAGAUGAAAGAGACUGAGUGAGAAAGCGAGAGAGUGGCAGAAUAGUAUGUUUAAUUAGCACAAAUUAUACGGAAAAAAAUGCUAUGUUAUUUAUAUUUUACAGCCUGCUGUGGUGAAUACGAAUUGUAUUUUUUGUAGAACAUGCGAAUGUGUGACUAUCAUUAAAUGGUGAUUGCCAAAGAGUUUUUGGUAAAAGAAAUAAUAUAAAAUGAUGGAAAACAUACACAAAAGACUUAAGUGCCAAAAGAAUGUGAUCUCAAACUAUUCCUGAAAGGAGAGGUCCAUAAUGUGGCAGGCCAUCCGAGUGUGUUUCAGACCAAUACAUUACUGUGUUGGUCGGCACUGUUCUUUUCAAUUCUAUCUCUACGUUUGUGCACCGGUGUGCAUAUUUAAAUCUCUAACCACACGUAUUCAAACACAUUGCGAUGUUUAACAAAGGGACAUUGCUACAUAUAUGAUUGCCAGCUCGCCGGACAAUAAACAGUCGUUUUCAUUUCAUUAGUCUUUUUAUCCCAUACUUUCUGCUGUAGUUAAACUAAAGGCAGUGAAUGUGUUGAUCAAUCUUCAGAUUCAAAUGUGUCUCACCAUUUAUGUUAAUCGUUCUGCAAAUAUUUUGGGGGGGGAAUGAAAUGGAGAUAUUUUAUCUGUCGGUUGUUGGGACAUUGCCAAAUUAUUCUGGUCAAGUGAAGGAUUACUUUAAUUAAAGAUACGGUUUGAUGAAUUUCUUUCAAAACAAAUACACUCAGUGCCUACACUCUAGGAUUAUUACACUUCUGCAUGUUAAGAACAAAUAAUUACGGUGAACACAUAUUUGCUUACAGACAGCUUGUGUGAAAUGUAUAUGCAAAACCAUGAGAAUUUUGUGUUUUUACCACAAUACUAAACCCUAUAUAGAUAUGGUGCCUCAGGCUACAGUGUUUAUCUUCAGCCGUUCUUUUCCUUCUGAAAAUGUCAUUCGAUUUCAAUAAGGAACUCUGUACACCGUUGGGUUAUGUGAAGUCAUAUAUAUCGAAGAGAAUAAAUCUAAUUUAUGAAAUGGGAAACCAACAA